AAGCACGUUUGAACUAAGUCGUGUUACAGUAUGGUAUCAAUCUUUUGUUCGAUUUUUUUCGCAAACCUGAAUUUAGACCAGUUCAUGAAAAAACCGAAAAACCAAUUUUUCGUCACACUCAAUACAGUUCGUACCGUUUGAUAGGAUCAUACGGUAGCAUAAUCAUUGGCCGCGACCAUUUAGCAUGCGAAACAAUAGGGAGUGGAUAAUGCGGAGGUAGUGCAAUUUUUUUCAAGAAGUCAAUUAUAAAACUCGGUAUGGACAAAUUAUUCAUUUUACGAAAAAAUUCAAGACAAGACAAGACAAGCCAUGACGACCAGUUCCUUGCAGAAAAUUAGAACCCUUGUUUGCGAUAUUGGAAGUAGCUCAAUCAAGGUCGGUAUUGCUGGAAAGCUUUCUCCGGAAAAAAUCGUUCCUUGCCUUCUCGGUUGCCCCAGAUAUGCAUGUGUACAAAGAGAGGGUUUAGGACGAGAAAUCUUGGUCGGUGAAGAUGCAUUGAAAGGAGGGAAACAUCAAAAGAUUGGGUAUCGAUACCCAAUAACGGAGACCGGACAUGUCCAAGACUGGAAGGCUCUCGAGAUUCUGCUGAACACUGCGUUCCAAGUUUUAUGCCAUCAAGAUUAUGGUCAAUACAAGGUUCUCAUCACAAAGCCUUACAAUAUGAAGAAAGCAGACCUUAAAACGCUGGUUGAUAUUUUCGUCGUCAACCUAGGAUUUCGUGCUGUUGCAAUGCACGAGCAAGCAGCACUAGUACUCUACACUCAAGGUAUCGAGACAGGGGUCGUAGUAGAGUUGGGUGAAUCGAUUUCCAACAUAGUGCCUGUCUACAAGGGACAUGCAAUCCCAACAUUGGACCGAUCUUUGGCCGUCGGUGGUAGAUCCAUCACAUCUUACCUUGUCAAACUGCUUAGGCUCAAAGGGUUUCAAUUGAGUGAAAAGGAAGACUUAGAAAUUGGCCGCAAAAUAAAAGAAGCAGUGUGUUACGUUGCUUUAGAUCUUGACACGGACGAACGUCUAGCGGCAGAUACUACAAUUCUUACGGAGUUAUUCAAACUUUCUGACGGCACGGUGAUCUCCGUCGGACGAGAAAGGUUUGGUGCGGUAGAAGCCUUAUUUAAGCCGGACUUGUGCAACAGUGAAUCAAAUGGGUUAUCGGACAUGAUUUUUGAGGUCAUCAAAGGAGCAGGCAUUGAUUGCCGUGCUGACCUAUACCGCAACGUUAUCCUUUCCGGAGGCACCUCACUCCUUCAAGGCAUGCAAGCGCGAUUGGAACGCGAUCUGAAUCGUCGAUACAUGAACGACGUUCUAGAUGGAGAGCAGUCGCGAUCGCUUGGGUGGAAGCCCCAUGUUCAAGCUCCAGUGUCCCGGAAGAAUCUUGUUUUUGAAGGGGCUGCUUUGUUUGCAGACUACAUUUCUAAUGAUGCAAACUACUGGGUCAGUAAGGAAGAAUAUUAUCAAGCUGGUAUACAGCAAGUCCUAGAUAAAUGUACCAUGUAAGUAACGGAUCCAACUUCGAUCAAACAUUGCACCGAAGAUUCGAACCACCACUAUUGAUACACGAAAAUAACUUUAUAAUUACCCC